AUGGACUAUUCGGAAUGGACUCGGCAGGUAUUUCGGCUGCGUAAGCUCCCGAGCCGGGUUCGAGCGCCGUCAGAGGCUGCCGUGUUGCUUGAAGGGGCGCUAAGCACAGCGCCUGGCAGCGUGGUAGUCUACUCGGUUGCUGAGACAGCAGACCGAUGGGAAUCCCCGAAGACAAAAGUGGCGACUCUCCAAUUCACGGCAGUGCCCAGUUCCCUGAAUGGGAGCCUCAAGGCCAAAGAAUGGGAAAUUCCGUCGGUAGAUGCUCCCGGUGGCGUUCUGAUAUUGGACACACAUUUCGAGGGCAUGACUGUUCUGCAUGACGCCGACCUGGGAACUCACCAUACAGACUUGAUUGCUAUUUCUGGUCUGGCAAGUCAUCCUUUUGGCUCCUGGCAACCUCGAGGCCACAACAAGACUUUCAUGUGGAUCCGAGACGAGCUUCCAAGGUCUAUUCCGGGCGUUCGAACUAUUAUUUACGGCUAUGACUCUCAACUUCUUGGUAGCCAGUCUUUUCAGACUAUUGGUGAUAUUUCCCUCGGACUGCUGCCGCAGCUCCAUGCCGGAGGUUGGAGUUUGACGACCUCGAAGCCAAUUAUCUUUCUCGCCCACAGUCUAGGCGGUAUUGUUCUUAAAGAUGCUAUAGUACUAAUGGCUGAUCGUGAAAACUUUUCACCUAUUCUCAACAAUAUCAAAGGUAUUAUGAUGUUUGGUGUGCCGAGUCUGGGAAUGCAUCAAUCACAUCUUCAGGCUAUGGUCGAGGGACAGGCAAAUGAGACUCUCGUUCAAGACCUAUCCCGAGAAAAUGGAAGCAGCUAUCUCCGGCAACUCAAUAAGGCAUUCGAUGGGCUAUCUUUCUUGAAGACCACGUGCAUAUACUGGGCAUAUGAGACCCAAGAGACACCAACGGCAGUUUUGCAAAAUGAUGGUUCUUGGUCCAGGAAUGGCACUCCAGCAGUGUUGGUCAAUCCUGACUCGGCAACCUGUCAUAACAACACCAAGAACAAAUUAUCCACGAUUCCCAUCAAUAAAAAUCAUUCCAACAUGGUGAAAUUUUCAAGGGGGGACAAAGACUUGGGGUCGAUAUUAAGUUAUGUUUCAGAGCUGUCUGCCAAGAAUCGUUCAAGCGGCUCACCACUUACCUUGGACCUUCCAGGAAUCACGCAAGAUAAUGCUACGGAAGCAAACACUGGUCUGGGCAGGAUCAAAACCUUAACAGAAGACCAAGAGACACUGCAAGAUAUGUGUAAAACCUUUUCGUCCGUUGAAGGGUUUUACCUAGAGGUGCACUCACCAGAGCUGGACUUCCGCGUGAACCAGAUCGAGGACCCAUUCCAAAAUACGUUUAGUUGGAUUUUCGACUUGCCACUGUUCUACAACUGGAUCCAAGAAGGAUCCGGCUUAUUUUGGAUCAGCGGAAAGCCAGGAUCUGGAAAGUCAACGUUGAUGAAAUACAUAUAUCGAAGUCAGCAAACGUGGGAACUCAUGCAUGAUUGGAGGAGAGCUUCUAAUGCCAUCGAAGAAGUCGCCACUGGCUUCUUCUUUCAUUAUCGAGGCACUACCCUUCAAAAAUCGUUUGAGGGUGUUUUAAGAAGCCUCAUAAUUCAAAUAUUGGCUCCGUAUUAUGAAAAAUUUCAACCCCUCUGGAAACGGACCCGCAUCUUUGAGCAAGAAUGGCUGGAGCUUGUGAAACGGAAGGAGACUCUUGAAGAGAAAGAGACAGAGAUUCGCAACCAGAUCGACAAGUCUAUUGGUGAGUCAAAGGUGGUCACGUCUAGAAUUCCAGUGGAAAGCACAACAAGUACUGGCUCUACAGAAGAAUCCCCUGACCAGCAAUUAACGACAAUUCAAACAAGCUUGAAAAGUCUGGAGGCCGAGUUUCUGGCUGCCAAAGAAAAGCUGCCCUCCCUAAUCGAGGAGCUCAAGACCUCAAAAUCUACGCCUGGAACGUCUUUUUUCCUUGGAGCAAUUGAAGAAUUUCACCAAUGUGGUGACGGCCUAAUAACUAAACUUGAGAGAACACUCCAUAACCUCCUGGAUCACGAGAUUAUCCAGAUGGAUAUGAUCAUCUUCUUGGAUGCACUUGAUGAGUUUGCGGGCCAUGCCGACGUGAUCUGUCGUUUUCUCAAGGGCCUUACUCAAAAUGUCCCAACAAGACGUUCUCGGAUUAAAAUCUGCUUCUCUAGCCGCCCUUCAGAUAUAUUCCAGUCACACUUCUCUGGCCUUCCAGGUUUUAGACUACACGAACAAACGAGGAGUGAUAUCGAAGAAUAUGCUACGAGUAAGCUAGCGAACUCACCAGUGGCUAGCCCUUCAAUUAUAAAACUCAUCAUAUCAAGAGCACAGGGUGUGUUCCUGUGGGUCAGUUUGGCAGUCAAGGAAUUGCUGGAUACAAUCUCAAGUAGCGAGACAGACGUUUCGACCAAAUCUCUCGAGAAAAGGCUCCUGCAGCUUCCGGAUGACCUUUUCGAUUUCUAUGAGCUUAUCAUCGAGCGCAUCAGUAAACCCAACCGUCGUUAUACCUAUGCUCUUUUGGAACUUAUCAUCCGCCAACGAGACCCACCGGCCAGCAUCUCCUACAUCCACUGGGCCGUUCUCUUUUCUGGUUUCAGCUCUCAAGAUGAACUAUCGUAUACCUUGCUAGCUUCAUUACACAACGGCGAGCGUGAUGCGCAAAAUGAUUUCGUCACCUGGAGCGGAGGCCUAGUCGAGAUCAAAGGCGAAUGCCCACAACUAAUGCACCAAACUGUUCUCGAAUUCGUCAUGGGCUUGGGUUUCAAAACAAUCGUCCUUGGGGACAUUGCAACUAUCGUGGUAGAGAAUGGGCAUUCCUUCCACGCCAAGUAUCUGGCUCUGAUGUCCGCGAGCCGCGAACUUGACGUUUCAGAGCAACACCGAAAGGAGUUCCUCUAUCAUGCCACGAGGUCGGAGCUGACCACAGGCAAUAGUCAGCUAGAAUUCUUCGAUACGAUACCUCAGCACCAGUGGCAAUCACUCAAAGAAUUGUCAGUCAGCAACUACCACGAGUUCGAAAGCGCGGAAAGUAAUCUGCUCUUGCUUGUCAUGUCUAGCGGCCUAGCGCUCUGCCUUCGAGACUGGCUUGUGGAGCAUUCCCUGAGGAUGCGACGGCUUCAAGCUACCAAUCAAAUGCCUUUACUCAGACAAAUUUUCAAGCCGCAUGAUGGCAUGAUGUCAGAGAGUUACCUAACCAUUGUCCGUUUGCUGCUGGGGAAUGGCUAUGAUCUCAAUAAAGACCCAGGGUUCUUCAAUAGAAUUCUGACACAAUUAUGGACUGUGGAGAUGAGGGAAGAUAAAUCGCGAGUAUAUUUUUCUGAGUCGGCUCUAUACACUCUAUUCAGGCUUGCGUUGGAGCACGGCCAGGACAUUAACGCGUCCAUCUCCGUAUCCGAAGCUGUAGAAGAUGUCCGUUCCGGAAAGCCCCUGCACAUGGCCACGAUCUCGGUGGCAUCUGAGCUAAUAGAGCAUGGGGCAGACCCUAACGUGACUGACGCUCUCAGUCGCACACCCAUGGACUGGGUAGUGAACCCUCCAUACAAUCUUUCCAACUUCAAAUCCAGGGAAUGGAUCCUGGAGUAUAGAUUUAGAAUGUGUGGCAUUCUACUCAAGGCAGGGGGCCUGCCGAAGCAGUCAGAUUCCAGCUGGGCUAACCUCAUGGACGAUUUUGAAAAGGGGGGGCACGACACCACCAGCUUGCGUGAGCAAUAUAAACAUCUGUCAGAAAGACUGCGCCCACGAGAAAAUUCCGACGUCAGUGGCCCCGGACCGAACAACGACGGCCGGACCACCUCAAUGGAUUAUCCCGGCCCCAGGGCAAGCAGUCCAGCCAACAUGUCUAUGUCCAUCGAGGAUGCUGCCAAAACUCGCCCGGGGUUCCCCCGCCCAUUCCCCAACACACCGAACAAUGUUCUUGAGCAGCUUAGCCUCAAGGGUAAAGUAAUUGUCGUGACUGGGGCAGCCGAUGGGAUUGGUCUCGCAGUAGCGGAAGCCAUGGCUGAGGCUGGCGGGCAUGUCGCUCUUUGGUUCAAUUCGAAUGAUGCCGCUAUUUUUCGGGCCAAGGAGCUGGCGAAUGCGCAUGGAAUCAAAUCAAUAGCAUUCAAGGUUGACGUCUCGAACACUGAGCAAAUUGAGAGCGGUUUGGCUGCCGUUGUCAAAGAGUUCGGCAAAAUCGACGUUUUCGUUGCGAAUGCUGGUUUGGCACUCUGCAAGCCGAUCCUAGAGCAGACAUUGGAUGAAUACAGAAAACAAAUGUCAGUCAACGUUGAUGGCGUCGUCUAUUGCUCCAAAUCAGUAGGCGCCAUCUUCAAGCAACAAGGCUUUGGGAAUCUCAUCAUCACAUCGAGCAUGAGCGCGCACAUUGUUAAUGUACCCGUUGAUCAACCUGUAUACAAUGCAACCAAGGCUUUCGUUACCCAUUUUGGCAAAUGUCUUGCUCGCGAGUGGCGCGACUUUGCACGAGUAAAUAUUGUGUCUCCUGGAUUCUUUGAUACCAAGAUGGGCGCAGGCCCAGAAGGCCUUCAAGAAGCAUAUCGAAUGUCUACCUUGGGUAGACAAGGACAUGUGAAGGAAAUCAAGGGACUAUACUUGUACCUCGCUAGUGAUGCAAGUACGUACAUGACAGGGAGCGAUGUCCUUAUCGACGGAGGGUAUGUCUUGCCGUAG